CGAGUUUUUUUUCUUUUUAAUUUUUUUUAUUGUUGAAUUUCAUGGAGAAGAUCGAUGAGCUCAAAGCCAAAGCCAUGGCUUCAAAUUCAAAGAAUGCAAACCCUAUCAAAGACAUCGAAGCUUCUAAAACUAGAGAAGAAGGCGAGCUCUCCGAUUCAUACGACGACGAAAAUCAAGGUUGCUCCACUGCGCAGUCCAGUGGUACUGUUGCACCUCCUUCAGGGCCCACUUCGGCACCUUCGGCAGUGAAAUCGCCACCACCGAAUCUGGCAGGGAACACUGUUUCUGGUAAUAAUCUUGCCAGCACUGUUGAUAUUCCGUCACGACAAUCAGUUCCACCAAAGAGUCAGAAGAAUAUCGAGAAGAAUCGGUUGCCAUUUGAAUCCAGUAAUCCCAGUUGGUAUGCACCUUCUGGAGGCAGCAAUAAUCUUGUAAUACGCUUCACAGAUGAUGAAAGCGGUAGUGACUCUGAAGAGUGCAGCCAACAGAGAACUGUUGAACAUAAAGCUAACUCAACUACGGAUGGUUGUCGGAGACCCGUUACUUCAUCUGCACCAAAGUCGAACAAGUUGGGCCAGACUUCCAGAAACAUUACCAGAGUAAUUCCCAAGAAACCUUUAAGCCGUACAUUUAGCUCAUCAAUGACCAAAAUCAAUGGUGGGGCCAAUUCCAGAGUUGCUGGUCCUUCAGCAGUUGAUCAAGGGUCACGAAUUAGAUACUUAAAUCCCCGAAACAAAAAUAUGGCAAGCCAAGAUCUUGGGUAUGAUCUAGGUGUGGGUUUGAACAAUAGUAAGCUACAGGACUUGAGGCAGCAGAUUGCACUUCGGGAAAGUGAAUUGAAGCUUAAGGCUGCCCAGCAAAACAAGGAAGCAGUUUCAGCUUCAACUUUGAACCUGGACAAUGGUGCAGGAAGGAAGUGGACUCCAACUUCAGUGGAUGCUGGUCCAUUAGAUCCAAAAGAACCAGACAAAAAACGCUUGAAAAUCAGUGAAUCUAGUUUUACCCAUUUAAAUUCAGAUGCUCAACAAGAGGUACAUCUUCUAAAAUCUAAUUUAGUGUCAAAAGACCAACAAUUGGAGACAAACAGUUUGCGGAGCAGGGAUAAAGUUGAUCAUAGCAAGAAAGUAGUUCCAAGCAAAGCCAAAUCAAGCAUUAAAUGGCAAAAAAAAGAUGAUAAGUUGGUUGAUGUUUCAUCAGAUGAUACAUCUAAAGUGGUGAAAGAUGGUGUUGACCCGCAGACAAAUUUGCAUCAAUCCAAAAGGACCAGUAGGCAGGUGGAUCUGAGUGUUUUGGCAAACCAGACUGCAUCCUUAACAAAGAUAAGUCCUGGUGCUUUGCCAAAUAAUUUGAGUACUGCUGAGUUAAAUCAUCCAACAAAGGUUGGUUUACAUAAUCCACCAAGUUCUUCACAAAGCAAAGCAACAAGAGAACUGAACUUAACCAAAGGGAGCAAUGGUUGUGAAGUCAUAUCUGGUGAUAAGACACUUGAACCCUAUUACAGCGAAAAAUGUCAGACAUCUCAAAAUACAGCAAAUCUGUGGAACUGUUUGGGUAAUGUAAAUGUCUCAGGUCAUUGUAAUGUAGAUAUACAUUCUUUAGAUGAAAUUGAGGAAAAACUGGACAAAGAGCUAGAGGAAGCACAAGAGCACAGACGCAUUUGUGAAAUUGAAGAAAGAAAUGCUCUCAAAGCGUACAGAAAAGCCCGGAGAGCUUUGAUUGAAGCUAAUGCCAGAUGUAGAGAUCUUUAUCGUGAAAGGGAACUUUGUUCAGCCCGUUUUAGAUCUUUUAUUGUGGAUGAUUCCAGUUUAGUGUGGUCCUCUAGGCAACAUGAACACUCUGGGAUUGGAUUGGAUACCUCAGACAAUGUACGUGAAAAUAUGGAUCUUGUACCAAUGUCAAGUCAUAGAUUACAGCCUGACUAUGAUGGUUUUAACGAACCAGCUUAUGAUCCAAAUAUCCAAUGUAUCAACAUAGCUCCUCGCACUAUGUCUCACCAGCAUGAGAAUGGACAAAAUUUGGGUUCUGAACCAUGCAGUGAGCCAGAUGCUAGUACAUCAGAGCCAUUUCAUCAUAAUAGCAACAAUGCUGCAAACAAAGUAAGAUCUCCUUGUAGUCCAAUUAUUUCAGCAGAUGAAGAUGAAGAGACAUCUCCAAUGGAUCAUGAUUCUGUUCAACCCAGUCCUGAGUAUCAGCAAAAGAAGCAAAAGUCUGAACUAACUCAAAAGAAUGCAAAUAAUGAGUCUAAUAAUCAGGAUUCUUUGCUUCUUGAAGCAACAUUAAGGUCUGAACUAUUUGCACGCCUGGGAGUGAGAACUUCAUCAAAGAACAUUGAUUCAUGUGACCAUGGAGAGCCUGCUGUUGAACGAGGGGCAGAAAAUGAUGUUAAAAGUGAAAAGACCCAGGUGAGUAAUGGCAGUCUUACACUCUCAGAGGCAGAAAAAAAGCAAUUAUUUGAUGUUUCAGGUCCUGAAAAACUGAAUAAAGUUAUAUCAGUAGCUCUGGUGCAGAAUGAGAGCCAGCACCAUGAAAAAAAGAAUAUUUCAGAGUUUUUCUCAGCAGCUAAUUCAGAGGACAAUGGAUUUUCCAUUGGAUGUCACUAUUCAGCUACAUCUAUAAUAUUUUCACCUUCUUCCAUUUUGAGGAGUGCAAUAGGCCAUGUGAGGGUCAUGGCUGCGGUCACUAGACAAAGAGAGGACCGCUUCUACCGUAAAGAGGGUGCUUAUGUCAACUUUGACGAAAUUCAGUGGUCUGGUCAGAUAGCAAACUCUUUAGAGGAGGUUGUUCGGGGUUUAUCUGGGAAAGAAAUGGGCUCAUAUAUGUGCACUAUUGCAGUGGACCCAUUUUGGCCACUCUGCAUGUAUGAUAUCCGAGGAAAAUGCAACAAUGAUGAAUGCCCCUUUCAACAUGUUAAGGACUUUUCUAAGAGAGAUGCAUCUCAGAAUGCAGAUGAUGAUUCUGACAUAGCCGAAUGUCAGCUUGGUCUCAUGUCAUGUCAACAGCGAAGUAAUGGUUCAACAAAACCUUCCAAGUGUCACGAUGUUUUCAUUUCACCAACUUAUAUUGUCAGCUUAGAUAUUUUGAAAGCUGAUCCACAUCCACAUGAAUCUGUUGUGACUUGGAGAAAUGCACACUGCUGGUCGAAGUGUUUCAGUAUCUGCAUAACUUUAUCAAGUUUGCUCCAGAAAGAUCUGCCUACAGAUGAGCCGUUCUUGGAUGGCAGUGAUGGUCGGAUUGAAGUGCAUGGCAGCUGGAAUAGACAAUCGUCAUAUUUCCAGAGUAGAAAUGGGAUAGUGAAUAAGCUCAACGAAGCUUUAGGUAUGAAUGCCCAGUCCUUGGAGAUGGCUCUGCUUAUUCUCAACCAGGAGGUUAACAGAAUGGAGGGCAUGAAAAAGGCUCUUUCUUUGCUCUCACGAGCCCUCGAGGCUGAUCCAGCAUCAGAAAUUCUCUGGAUUGUUUAUCUGCUUAUCUGCUAUACCCAUAUGACAUUCGUUGGGAAGGAUGACAUGUUCUCUUAUGCGGUCAGAAACAAUGAAGGAUCGUACGAACUUUGGCUUAUGUACAUCAACAGUCGAAAACAACUUGAUGAUCGGUUGGUUGCAUAUGAAGCUGCUCUUUCAGCACUUUGCCGUGGUGCAUCUUCCUCUGGGAAGGAUGAAAUGCAUACUAGUGCAUGCAUCCUAGACCUGUUUUUGCAGAUGAUGGAUUGUUUGUGCAUAUCUGGGAAUGUUGAGAAAGCCAUCCAAACAAUAUAUAGACUCUUACCUUCUACAACAAAUUCCGAUGGGCCGCAUUCUCCGAUGUUUACUGAUAUCCUCACAUGCUUAACAAUUUCUGACAAAUGUGUAUUAUGGGUUUCUUGUAUUUACUUGGUUAUUUACAGGAAGCUGCCAGAUGCUGUGCUGCAGCGGUUAGAGCGUGAGAAAGAACUCCUUCCAGUUGAAUGGCCCUCAGUUCAUCUGGGCGAUGAUGAAAAGAAAAAGGUUGUGCAGUUCUUAGAAAUGGUAGUAAGUUGUGUUGACUCGUACAUCAAUAUUGAAACAUUUAAGAGUGAAAUUGAUCUCAGAUCAGCACAACUUUUUGCUCUCAACCACAUUAGGUGUAUGGUGGCACUUGAUAGAUCUGAAUGCAGUCAAAAUUUGUUGGAAAAAUACAUAAAGUUGUACCCAUCUUGCUUAGAACUUGUUCUGAUAUCAGCACGAGUGCAAAAAAAUGAUUCUGGGAAUUUGGCUUUUACCGGCUUUGAAGAAGCCCUUUGUAACUGGCCAAAAGAAGCCCCUGGAAUUCAGUGUAUCUGGAACCAGUAUGCUGACUAUGCCCAACAAAAUGGAAAACCUGCUCUUGUCAAAAAACUCAUGACACGCUGGUAUCACUCAGUUUGGAAAGUGCAGUACCCUGAAAGUGAAAAUUUGAAUGCAAUAGAUGGUGGGAACUCCUUUGUCUCUCUGGAAUUGGGUUCAACGUCAAGGCCUGAAUUUUUGGCACCUAGCUCUAAUCAGAUGGAUGUGAUGUUUGGAUAUCUUAAUCAAUUUCUUUAUAAGUUUUUGCAGAAUGAUUGUGUUGAGGCUCGCUCAGCUAUUGACCUGGCAUUGAGGGCUGCUACUGCCAUGGGUUUCAAUCUUUGUGUAAAGGAGCAUGCCAUGUUUUUGCUUAACGAUGAGUCUCACGAGGAGGGCAUUCCUAUUAGUUGGCAGCUUAACACUUUGAAUAUGUAUUUGGAUGCUGCCCGGUCUUUUGCAGUCUCUGAGCCACUAUCUAGACAUUUUAUCGGCAAGAUUGAGAAGUCAAGAGUCCAGCAACUUGUUAGAAACAUUCUGAGUCCAGUCUUAGUCGAUUCUUAUCUUGUGAACUUGGUUCUUGAAGUGUGGCACGGGCCAUCUCUUUUGCCCCAAAACAUAACUGAGCCAAAGAAUCUAGUUGAUUUUGUGGAAGCUAUCUUGGGAAUAGCACCAUCCAACUAUGAGUUAGUGUUUUCCGUGAGUAAGAUGUUAAGCAAAGGAGACAGCUAUAGUGACAUUUCUCCCGGUCUUUUAUUUUGGGUUGGCUCUACCCUGGUGAAUGCAAUCUUUCAUGCUGUCCCCAUUCCGCCUGAGUAUGUAUGGGUAAAGGCUGCAGACAUACUGGGCAAUAUUCUGGGCACUGAAACCAUACUUAAAAGGUACUAUAAAAAGGCUUUAUCAGUAUAUCCAUUCUCCCUCAAAUUGUGGCAAUGUUAUCACAAGGUAACUAAGAUUAAUGGAGAUGGGAAUGCCGUUGUGGAAGCAGCAAGAGAAAGGGGUAUUGAACUUGACUGAAGUCUUUUCUUAAAGAUUGUAUAAUGUUAGGUUGGUAGAGUCAGCGCUUUUACUUGAGAUGAUACCAUAUUAGGGAAAAAUUUUGGCAAGGUAAAUACUGAGCCAGUUCUGCUGUAACCCAGUUAGGAGGGAUAGAUGUGAGAGCAGGUAACACAGAAAUAUACAAACUAUAGGAACAAAAUCAAACACGUGAUAUCUUUGAUGAAUACUGAAUAGGUGAAAGGUCAUCUUAGAUGUAAACCUUAUUUUUGUGCUCCCUUUUCCUUAUUUCUUGUGUUGCUUUUUCUUCUUAAUCAAGUGUAAUUACCCAUAUUUUGUACUCAUUUGAUGUAGUUGAGUUCAAUCCUUAUUCUUUUCUUCCCGUUUCA